AUGUCACUAGACGCUAAGGGCAGAAAAAUAACGACGUCCACUGCGUCAAUCCCGCGUCCUUAUUCCAAUUGGAAUCUUCCAGCCAGGUACGAGAUUCGCACCUUGCUUGGUGUUGGGUCUUAUGGACACGUCUGUGAAGCAUUUGAUUCAGUGACUAAAAAAAAAGUCGCAGUAAAGAAAAUCCCACGCGCGUUCGAAGAAUUAAUCGACUGCAAACGUAUACUUCGUGAAAUUGCUCUAUUGAGCAGGUUGUUUCAUGGAAAUGUUGUUCAAUUAGUAGAUGUUGUGAUUCCUGGCGAUCCUGCGAAAUUUGAGGAGCUUUAUUUGAUUCUAGAAUUGGCAGAUUCAGAUCUGAAAAAAUUGAUGAAAACUCCCGUCCAUCUUACAGAGUUGCAUGUGAAGAUGUUGUUAUAUAAUCUUCUUGUUGGUGUUCAAUACAUUCAUUCCUGUGGAAUUUAUCAUCGGGAUCUCAAGCCAGCGAAUUGUCUCGUCAAUCACGAUUGCUGUGUCAAAAUUUGUGAUUUCGGAUUGGCUCGUACUGUGGAAAGUCCCAAGGAAGUGGGACAACUCGCUCUGAAUGAUGGAGAUGACGAAGAGGCUUACGCAGGAGUCCUUCACAAUCGCUUGAAGAAGAAGCAACUGACAAGUCACGUUGUAACACGUUGGUAUCGCGCUCCCGAGCUGAUUCUAUUGCAAGACGAUUACACAGAAUCUAUUGAUGUUUGGUCGGUUGGAUGCAUUUUCGCAGAGUUGAUGGGGAUGAUUAAGGAAAACGUUAAACAACAUCUUGACCGAAGCCCAUUGUUCCCGGGAAGUUCGUGCUUUCCUUUAUCACCUGAUCGUCAUCAGAGUGAUUAUAAUAAGUGGUUCAGUAAAGGGAAUCGAGAUCAAUUAAGCGUUAUUUUCGACGUCAUUGGAAGUCCCUCUGCUGAAGAUAUUGAAGCACUUGGGAAGCAAGAUGCCAAAAAAUAUGUUAACUUGUUUCCAAAGAGAGAAGCACUUGAUCUUAAGAAGAGAUUUCCGGGAUCAUCUGUGGAAGCGGUUGAUUUGUUGAAGAAAAUGUUGACGUUCGACCCAAGGAAGCGAAUAACAGUGAACGAAGCGCUUGAAAGCUCAUUUUUCAAGGAUGUGCGUCAAAAAGAAAACGAGAAAAAAGCGACAGAUGCAACGCGGCUUCCCUUUGAUGAUUGGAAGGAUAUGAGUGAGUCUGAAUUGCGCUACACCUUCUUGAAAGAGGCACAACGAUUUCAUCCUGAAUUAAAAAUUCCUACUGAGCUUCACUCGGCGUGUUAUCGAAAAGGAAACUAG